CUAAGCGCUCACAAUGCUCAAAAUAUGCCUUCGGUCGUUCCACAUGACGAUCGCGGACGUUGCGGUCGCGGCUAAAACGUCACUAAUGACGUCAUUAUUUUCGCUCACGCCGAGCUCACAACGACCCAUCUCAAUAGUAGGAUCGAAGUGGACGUUGAGGAAUUUUGGCGCAAUUUUUAAAACUUAAAUACUGAUACAAAGAUUUCUAUGGCUAAAAAUGGCUACCGAAAAAAUUACUUUGUACGAUUCAGAAAGAAGUGUGUUAGUAGAAGCAUAUGUGUCUCCAGAAGAUGCUGAACGUGCGGCUACAGAUAUAGUCUUUGCUACUCAAUUAUUAAAAAGUAUUGAAAAUGAGGAACCUUCUACAACUAUUAAUACCGAUAUGAAUGAUGAUUGCAAUAAUUAUGAUCCAAAUGAUAAUUUUAUUGGCGAAGAGACACUUAAUGAGACAGGUGAAACACAGAUUCAACUGAUUGAAACUCAAGAAAAUGAAGCCUCCUUAUACAGGUGGAGUCCACCCUGUGUAUUACUGCUAUUAGAGACCUAUAGGUCGAUGGAAGGAACCCUUAAAAGUGGUAAAUUACCCCAAAAAAAAGUAUGGGAGUCGAUAGCUCAAAAGCUUAUUGAAAAAGGGUAUCAUGUAACUGGAGGGCAAUGCUCAUCUAAACUGCGAAGCUUAAAAAAAACAUAUAAAUCCAUAAAGGAUUAUAAUAACAAAUCAGGGAAUGAUAAAAGGAGUUGGCAGUUUUUUGAAAUAAUGGAGGAAAUCUUUGCCAAAAAGGCAUGGUGCAAUCCAGUGGCAGUUGCAUCUUCUAGUGGUCUCUCAUCAAAACAGUUAGAAAGUAACAAUAGUAUGGAGGAGUCGGACGGUGGAUGUUCAUCAAAGUCUAAUAAAAAUACAAUAACAUAUUUACUGGGGAAAAGACUGAAGCAAAGGGAAGAGCAUGAGCAGUUUAAAAUGAAAAGGCACGAGGAGCGGAUGGAGAUGGACAAGAAGUUACUGCAAGUUUUAGAAAAGUUAGCUGAUAAAUAAUUGAG